GGGCCCGGUGCCUGCUGCUCUGCCUGGGGGCCCAGUGCCUGCUGCUCCGCCUGGGGGCCCCGGUGCCUGCUGCUCCGCCUGGGGGCCUGGUGCCUGCUGCUCCGCCUGGUGGCCCGGUGCCUGCUGCUCCGCCUGGUGAUCCGGUGCCUGCUGUUCCGCCUGGUGAUCCGCCCGAUGUGCCUCUGCCCGGAGUCCAGCCCGAUGUGCCUCUGCCCGGUGUCCAGCCCGAUGUGCCUCUGCCCGGAGUCCUGUCCGAUGUGCCAGUCUUUGAUAUCCCGCCAGUUACCAGACCCGGGCGGUGGAACAUUUUGCCCAGCUAGGACUGUUUGGAGCGUCCUGAGGCCGCUCCUUGAGGGGGGGGUACUGUCAGGAAUGGACCUGCCAGUAAUGGUGGGACUCACCUGCCUUGUGGGCUGCAGUACCAGGGCUGGCCAGCGGGUGCUCUCAGCAAUCAGAGACUCAACCCUGCAGUCAGUCAAACACCUGAAGCUGAUA